GCCAGUUUUCCCCCAGGCGGAUUCAACUUUCCUUCUUUCCUUUCUUCAUCUCCACUCAAUCAUCAAAGACCUUUUUGUAUCUUUGAUCCAGUCCGACAUUCACAAUGUCUCCCAACGACCAGGUUAAGGUCCUGGGCAUGCCGCCCUUCGUCGCGGACUUCUUGAUGGGUGGUGUCUCCGCCGCUGUCUCGAAGACCGCUGCCGCUCCCAUCGAGCGUAUCAAGCUCCUCAUCCAGAACCAGGAUGAGAUGUUGAAGGCCGGCCGUCUGGACCGCAAGUACAAUGGCAUCGCCGACUGCUUCCGCCGCACCGCUGCCGAUGAGGGCGUCAUGUCGCUGUGGCGUGGCAACACUGCCAACGUCAUCCGUUACUUCCCUACCCAGGCCCUGAACUUCGCCUUCCGUGACAAGUUCAAGAAGAUGUUCAACUUCAAGAAGGAGAAGGACGGCUAUGCCAAGUGGAUGGCUGGUAACCUGGCCUCCGGUGGUGCUGCUGGUGCCACCUCUCUGCUGUUCGUCUACUCCCUCGACUACGCCCGUACCCGUCUGGCCAACGACGCCAAGUCUGCCAAGGGUGGCGGUGCCCGUCAGUUCAACGGUCUCGUCGACGUCUACCGUAAGACCCUCGCCUCCGACGGUAUUGCCGGUCUGUACCGUGGCUUCGGUCCCUCCGUCCUCGGAAUUGUCGUUUACCGUGGUCUGUACUUCGGUCUCUACGACUCCAUCAAGCCCGUUGUCCUGGUCGGUCCCCUCGCUGGUAACUUCCUCGCCUCCUUCCUGCUCGGCUGGUGCGUCACCACUGGUGCCGGUAUCGCCUCCUACCCUCUUGACACUGUCCGUCGGCGUAUGAUGAUGACCUCUGGCGAAGCCGUCAAGUACAACGGUUCCCUCGAUGCUUUCCGCCAGAUCGUCGCCAAGGAGGGUGUCAAGUCCCUGUUCAAGGGUGCUGGUGCCAACAUUCUCCGUGGUGUCGCCGGUGCUGGUGUCCUGUCCAUCUACGAUCAGCUCCAGCUCCUCCUCUUCGGAAAGGCUUUCAAGGGCGGCUCCGGCUAAGCGCUUCCUCUCUUUUAACCACUGUACAAAAUCAGCAAUGAUGCAGUAGAGGCUCGAGAGGAGUCUAAUCAGGGGAUGAGCCACAGCUGGUGGUGUUGUCGUUUCGUGCUUGGGUCGAUACUGACUGGACUGGGUCAUUCAACUCGAACAAAAAGGGGCGAGAUGAUAGAAGUGGUGCAGGGGGAGGGGCGGUGUGCCUUCGGACGAUUUCUUUCUAUGUGGUUGCCGGGGAGCAUUCCGUCUCAGGUCGUGGUCUGGGUUUUGGAGCAUGCCUGGCGUUAGUGAUACUCGUCUGGGUGGCUUCUAGACCCUCCAUUGUAAUUUACAAGACGUUCUCAUCAUUUCUCUCUUCUUGUGCUGUCUUUCCCUUUGCAAUAUUUCUAGCCUGCACAGGUAGUGAUGUUUCUCUGGCAAUCUGCGUUCACCGCAUACGGCAUUGGACUCUUUCGCAACC